UAUUAUUGAUAAACGAUAACAUUUUGUACAACAUCACUGUUUAAGUGAGUAAAUAUUAGUUUGAUAUAGUUUUGAUAAAAUACGGUGAAUAUGUGAUACUGAUUAAAUGAAGACUUACAAAACAAGUUAUCAAGUCAAAAAGAGCUUUAGAACGCAUUGAAAAAAAUAUGGAUUUAACUGUCUUUCUGUUGGUGAUAGCAAUAUUUUGUAUAACAUUGUACUUUGUAAGAACCCCUAGCAAUUUACCACCCGGACAUUUUAAAUUUCCAAUCUUUGGUUCAAUAUUUUUACUGCACAAACUGUCAAAAAGAAGACAUCACUUAGUGUUUGCUGAUGAGGCUAGAAAGUAUGGAGGUGUUUUCCGUUGGUAUUUAGGGAAUCAAAUGUUUGUUGUUCUAAGUGAAAUUAACGUCAUAAACGAGGCUCUGGUGAAGAAAGCAGAAAUAUUCAGCGACAGACUUAGAGCGAAAGGAGGGAUAACAGGUGCAUCAAAAGGUAUAGUGUGGAGUAAUUACGGCCAACAUUGGCGGGUACUGAGGAAGUUCACGCAACGAGCACUACAUGAUUUUGGUGUCGGGAGAAGAUCUUUAGAAGAGAAAAUAAAUUUUGAGAUUCAGGUCGUCACUGGUGUACUUGAAGCAGCCAAUGGUCAACCUGUAUCCAUUAGCAAUCUCAUGCGGAACGUAGCUGCUAACGUCAAUUAUGAAAUAAUUUUUGGUAAAAGGUUCGACUACGAUGACCCAGAAUUAGAUCGGAUCACGGAGUUAUCAGAUGUUCUCAACAGUGCUUCGUUAUUCAGUGCUGCUUUCUUUUUGCCGGAGUUCCUGGCUAAAUUCGUCAAGAAAUCGGAUUUCGAGAUCGAGGUAAUGAGGAAAGAGGUCAUGAAUGAUGUCGCAAAAUAUGUUGGUGAACAAAUUGAAGAGCACAGAAACACAUUUGAUCCUACUAAUUUACGAGACUUCCUUGAUCUAUAUUUAGACGCUGACAGGAACAAGACAGAUGAGGGAGAUGCCAUUAUAAACAGGGACAGCAUGUUUAGAGUAAUCGUUGAUUUAUUUGUCGCGGGAACUGAGACAACUCAAACAGCUCUCUCCUGGGCGUUCAUAUACCUGGUUGAAUUCCCGGACGUUCAAGAAAAAUGCCAGAAGGAAAUUAACACGAAAGUGAAUGGUAAAGCUAUUCAGUACCGUGACAGAAAUUGUCUGGUUUAUGUAAACGCAUUUAUCAUGGAAGUUCACAGAUAUUGCUGCAUGGUUCCUUUAAACCUGCCACAUUACACAAGUGCAGAUACAACACUAUCUGGCUAUCAUAUACCUAAAGGUACUGUCAUACUUCCGAUGCAAUACUCGGUAAGCAUGGACCCUAACCUCUUCAAAAAUCCAGAGAAGUUUGAUCCCGGAAGGUUCAUUGAUGAGGAAGGACAACUGAUAAACAAAUUGUCAUUCGUACCAUAUUCCACGGGACCACGAGUUUGUUUAGGUGAGGCAUUGGCAAGAACUGAGAUGUUCCUUGUUCUUACAACACUGCUUCAGAACUUCAAUUUUCUCCGUGAAGAUCCUAAUGUUCCUCAAAGUUUCGAAGCUGACGUCACUUCCAAUACUCUUAAUCGUCCACUUCCUGUCAAGAUCCGGGCUAUUAAGAAAAAAAGGAUCGAAUAAUAUUAACUGGCAUAUCUAACAAAAAUAAGGAAAUUAAAACGCAUCAUUGUUUUUCUCCAUAAACUCGGAAUCCAGGAAUAUUCAAGUUGUGUCUCUUUUUUUGUAUUUUUGUGUGAUUUUAUUUUAUUUUUUUGUGUGUUAUCAGAUAACUAUAUGCUAUGUUGGAGAACACAUUAACGUUAUUUGCUUUCUUACUUAGUGAUAUAAACAUGUAUAAUCAGAUCAGACUGUAUCUACAAAAUAUAGUUUGAACGCAUUUAGACUUGUAUAUUCAUCAUUCAAAAUAAAGGCUGAUAAAAGAUAUACCCGUAAUACUAAUAGUUUCAAAUUUUGUUGGGCAGGGGAAUUAUGCAUAUUUGAAAGUGAAUAUGAUAAAAAUAAGAUGGUGAUUGAAUAAUUAUAUAAAUAUUAAACACAUUGUAACAUCUGUAUAAAUUUGUGGACAGUUUAGGGUAUUUUACAAUCAAGAAACGCUGCAAAACAACCUUAUCCAUUACACGGUAAUGUACUAAAAGAAAUCGUACACAAAUAUUCGAUUACUCUGAUACAUACGCAUAAUUUAGGAAUGUUAUAUAUAAGAAAUGUAGCAGACUUCAUUGUGUAUAUAAUAACGAGUUCGUAUUACGCCGAAAAAUGAAAAUACCAUUAAAAAGGCAUCUCAUUCUUUUGUUGUACUUAAACGAUAUUGUUAAGAGGAGAGAAUAUUUGUCAUUGAUUAAAAACGUGAACACAAAUGACAGCGUGUGUGCAAAUAUUCUAGAAUAGCAUUUUUGUCAAGUAAGUUGCUAAAAUACAACCUCGUGUAUAUAAUUAUAAAACCUUUAAAGUGUAAAUAUAAUUCAAAGUGUUGAACAUAGAAAGCCACGUUUCUCUUUGUUCGUAAAUAUCUAUGAAAAUUUCCUAAUUUCACAGUAUAUUUAUGAAUCAAAAUUUAUCAUGUCAGACUUAUUUG